CAGGAAGCGCCAAAAGUCAAACCCAAGGCUCCCCCGCGCGGGGCAGCACGGGCGAAAGCCCCAGCAGCCGACGGCAGCGUGCAAGAGGUGGACGCAAGCAAUGGAGGUCCUGUAGGCGGCGAUGGCGCGGCGAGAGAAGGACAGCCGCCCGCAGACCUCAACCCGAACGCGUCCAUGUCCGCAGAAGCAACGCGCAAACGCAAAGCGCCACUCAACACGCAAGCCAAAGACGAGUUUGCCGCCCUCCUCGAGCCCUUCUACUACGGCAAGCGCCUCGACGAGCCCAUCAACACCGCCCGCGACAAGUGGAACCUGCUGCCCGCCUUCCUCAAGGUCAAGGGCCUGGUCAAGCAGCACGUCGACUCGUACAACCACUUCGUCGAUGUCGAGCUCAAGAAGAUCAUCAAGGCCAACCGCUUCGUGCGCAGCGACUUCGACCCCAAGUUCCUGCUCGAGUACACCGACAUCCGUGUGCUCUCGCCGAACAGGCAGGAGGAAGAUGACCUCGACCACCACCGCAGUACGAUUACGCCCAACGAGUGCCGGCUGAGGGAUAUGACAUAUGCUGCGCCUAUCGUGGUGGAUAUCGUGUACACAAGAGGCAACGCCAAGGUCAAGCGGACGGGCAUCAAGAUUGGGAGAAUGCCUAUCAUGUUGAAGAGCAACAAGUGCGUGUUGGCUGCGAAGAACGACCGUGAAAUGGCAGUCAUGGAGGAGUGUCCGCUGGAUCCCGGAGGCUACUUCAUUACGCGUGGACAAGAGAAGGUCAUCCUGGUGCAGGAGCAGCUGAACAAGAACCGUGUGAUUGUUGAGAGCGCAAAGGGCAUCAUGCAGGCCAGCGUGACGAGUUCGACGCACGAAAGACGCACGAAGACAUAUGUCAUCCAGAAGAAAGGGCUCAUGUUUUUGAGGCACAACACGCUUUCCGAGGAAGUCCCUAUCGUCUUUGCACUCAAGGCUUUGGGAGUACACUCGGACAAGGAAAUCCUGCUUAUGGUUGCUGGAGACGACAGCGCGUACCAGGAUAGUUUUGCGAUCAACUUCGAGGCCUGUGCAAGAGAGGGAAUCCAUACCCAGGAGAAAGCUCUGGAGUACAUCGGGCACCGCGUGCGACUGACGAAGAAACCGCUCGGAGCGUCACGCAUGCGAAACUACCAUCUCGAAGCCAUCGAAUGCUUGUCCAACGUCAUUCUCCCGCACGUUCCCGUCGUUGGCACGAACUACCGACCGAAAGCCCUCUACGUUGCUUUGAUGGCGCGAAGAGUGCUCAUGGCUAUGCAAGACCCGAAGUUGGUCGAUGACCGCGACUACGUCGGGAACAAGCGCCUCGAGUUAUCCGGGCAGAUGUUGUCCCUCCUCUUCGAAGACCACUUCAAGCGCUUCAACCACGACUUCAAGCUCAGCAUCGACAAAGUCCUCAAGAAGCAGAACCGCGCCCAAGAAUUCGACGCUUUCUCGCACUUCAGCGUGCACAAGAACCACAUCACCAUGGGUAUCGAGCGCGCCAUCGCCACCGGAAACUGGAGCUUGAAGCGUUUCAAGAUGGAACGGGCGGGUGUUACGCACGUUCUCAGCCGACUGAGUUACAUUGCUGCGCUGGGUAUGAUGACGAGAAUCAGCUCGCAGUUCGAGAAGACGAGGAAGGUGUCUGGUCCCCGUGCGCUGCAGCCGAGUCAAUUUGGUAUGCUGUGCACUUCUGAUACGCCGGAAGGAGAGGCUUGUGGUCUUGUCAAGAAUUUGGCGCUGAUGACGCAUAUCACCACCGAAGACGAUGAAGGACCGGUGCGCAAGAUCGUGUUCUUGUUGGGUGCCGAGGACAUCUGCUCGCAGACUGGAGAGGAGAUCCACGCGGAAGGUGUUUACUCAGUGUGUCUGAACGGUACUCCCAUCGCGGUCACAGAUACGCCGAAGCGAUUCCUGAAUAGCUUCAGAAAGCUUAGGCGGAUGGGCCGCAUUUCGGAGUUCACCAGCAUUCACAUUGAUCACGACCACUGCGAAGUCCACAUCGCUACGGAUGAAGGCCGUAUCUGUCGGCCAAUGAUCAUCGUAGAGAACGAGCGCUCCAAAGUCACAUCACGAUACCUCAAGGCUUUGCGCAAGGGUACCAUGGAGUUUGAGGACUUCCUGACAAGAGGUCUUGUGGAAUACCUGGAUACCAACGAAGAGAACGAUACGAAUAUCGCCCUGUCUGAGAAAGACAUCAACCAGCACACCACACAUCUCGAGAUCGAACCCUUCACCAUCCUUGGUGCCGUUGCUGGUCUCAUCCCCUACCCGCACCACAACCAAUCGCCACGUAACACCUACCAAUGCGCCAUGGGUAAACAAGCCAUCGGCGCCAUCGCCUACAACCAGUUCAACAGGAUAGACACCCUGCUCUACCUGAUGGUCUACCCUCAACAACCCAUGGUCAAGACUCGAACUAUCGAACUCACCAAAUACGACAAGCUCCCCGCCGGUCAGAACGCCACAGUCGCCGUCAUGUCUUACUCCGGCUACGAUAUCGAAGAUGCCCUUAUCCUCAACAAAGCUUCCUGCGACCGCGGCUUCGGCCGCUGCCAAGUCAUGAAGAAGCACGUCACGGCCCUCAAAACCUACGCCAACGGCACAUCCGACCGCAUCAACGCUGGCGCCCUCGACCAAAACAAGCAAGAACAUCAAGCCAUCGGCGCCGACGGCAUUGCCCAGGUCGGCGCCCGCCUCGAAGCCGGCGACGCAUACCUGCUCAAGAGCCUGCCGGCCGACACCGCAGGCCCGGCUUCAAACCAGUACAAAGACAAGCCCGAGCGCUACAAGCUGCCUGACUGCUCGUACAUUGAUAAGGCGUGCAUCACUGAGAAUGAGGCUGGAACGACGCUGAUUAAGUUGCUGAUGCGGCAGACCCGCCGCCCGGAGCUGGGCGACAAAUUCUCCUCUCGUCACGGCCAAAAGGGUACGACGGGGUUGAUUGUCCAACAAGAAGACAUGCCCUUUAACGACUACGGCAUCUGCCCAGACAUCAUCAUGAACCCGCACGGAUUCCCGUCUCGCAUGACAGUCGGCAAGAUGAUGGAACUUCUCUCCGGCAAAGCGGGCGUGCUCAACGGUACGCUCGAAUACGGUACUGCCUUUGGCGGGAGCAAGGUUGAAGAUAUGUCUGAAAUCCUCGUAAGGAACGGGUUCUCGUACACGGGCAAGGACUAUCUCACAUCUGGCAUUACGGGCGAGGCGCAUCAGUUCUACACGUUCUUUGGGCCGAUUUAUUAUCAGAAACUCAAGCAUAUGGUGCAGGAUAAGAUGCACAGUCGUGCUCGCGGGCCGCGUGCUAUCCUUACGCGUCAGCCUACCGAGGGUCGAGCGAGGAGUGGUGGUUUGCGUUUGGGUGAGAUGGAGCGCGAUUGUCUUAUCGCGUAUGGCGCGUCCCAACUCUUACUCGAACGUCUGAUGAUCAGUUCGGAUGCGCAUGAUGUCGAUGUGUGCGAGAAGUGCGGCCAGAUGGGCUACUCGGGCUACUGCAAGCUCUGUGAAAGCGAGAAGGCGGUUCGACGUAUUACGAUGCCGUAUGCGGCUAAGCUGCUUAUUCAGGAGCUGGGAAGUAUGAAUGUUAAGGUUACGAUUGGGUUGGAGGAUGAGUUUCCUAGGCAUAUGGACUGAGUGAGAGGGAGGGUAUGCAGACGGUACGGAUGACGAUGAAUGAUGUUUGGAGGGGUGCAUAGCGUUGGCGCAUGUUUUGUCUGGUUCGUAACAUUCACUCUC